AUGGCUUCCUCACUGACGAGUGACGAUGAGGAUAUCUUCACCCGACUACAACAMCCCGCCGAUCCUAAGGUAUUGGAGGAGCAGCAGCAAGCUGUCAAUGAGCGGAUAAAUGCCAUCUAUCAGAAAGCGCAAGCUCGGCUUGCUGAAAUGAUCGAUGAGAACUCGACUUUGCCGUGCACGAUAUCCCGCAUCCAGAUACUCAACGCGAACCAUACGCGAAAAAGCUUCUUGGAACGCAUUUUCAACCCUAUUCUCAGUGCCAAUCAACCGAAACCAUACACACUAGCCGAGGCUCUAUCCCGUGUCUCCCAAGGAGCAAACAAAUUGAGCGGCUUUGACAUCUUUCAUGAACCGAUUUCGAUCUUUUUGGACAAGCCAACCGACCCUAAUGCGCUACCCACAGACUUAGAUGUCUACCUGUCGGUUCGAGAAAAGUCGAGGAUCCUGCUUAAAACCGGAACCGAUCUAGGCAAUGCCGAGGGCUCUGCGUACGGAAAUCUUCUAUGGCGCAACAUCUUCGGCGGUGCGGAGACGUUGAACUUGAACGCAUCUCUGGGUACUCGGACCAGAUCUGCAUACCAGGCCGCAUUCGAGACGCCAAUAUUGAGUGACCCCAACUUUCGUUUAGAAGUCGGCGGAGUAGCCAGUUCAACGCAAAAACCUUGGGCUAGUCACGAGGAAGUCUUGAAGGGAGGAUGGACCAAAUUACGAUGGCAGACUCAAUCCGGUCAACGACAUGAGCUUACAUAUAACGGUUUCUGGCGCCAGGUUACCGGGCUGUCACCUGACGCUUCGUUGGUUGUGCGGGGCGACGCGGGCGAUAGUGUCAAGAGCAGCAUUUCGCAUACUUGGGUGCGCGAUAGCAGAGAUCAUCCUCUUUUACCGUCUAGCGGUACAUAUGCCAAGACCCUUAAUGAGGUUGCCGGUAUCGGGCCUCUGAAAGGAGACGUUACGUUCUGGAAGUCGGAAGUCGAAACCCAGGGUGCUGUUCCUAUUCCUCUUCCUUUUCUCAAGGGACCAAGCGGCGUCAGCUUCACGACCGGACUUCGCGCUGGUGUGCUUUACCCUCUGAAUCUGAGCUCGAGCGCGACACCUCAGCCAUCGAGAGUCAAUGAUCGCUUCUUGCUCGGUGGUCCCACGGAUGUCCGUGGUUUCCGUCAAGCUGGUCUGGGACCACGCGACGGCAGCGAUGCAGUUGGAGGUGACCUAUAUGCUGCAGGAAGUGCCAAUCUCUUUUUUCCAUUGCCACGCGUCGGCAAAGAUACGCCACUACGUCUGCAAGCAUUUGUCAAUGCGGGCCGCCUGUUGUCUCUUCGCACAUCAGAAAACGAACGCCCGAAAACCAACAACGAAGUCAAGGAUGCUUUUGUGUCAACUAUAAACGAGCUUCAAAACGGUCUUCCCAGCACUGCUGCUGGUAUUGGACUGGUGUAUGCGCAUCCUGUUGCUCGAUUUGAACUGAAUUUCUCUCUUCCCAUAUACCAGCGCAAAGGAGAGGAGGGAAGGAAGGGGCUCCAGCUAGGGAUCGGCAUCAAUUUCUUGUAA